AUUAAAUCCCUUCGUUAGAUGUACUGGCCUAGGGUCACCUGCCUCCAGUCCCCUUCCUGGGACACCUCUACCAGCUCACUGGGCUCUCAAGAGCCUGGGCCGAUGGCUGCCUUCCCCCUGAGGCCAGAAGCAAGCCAGCUUUCUGCUGAUGAAGGUUCUUUGAGCCUUCAGGGGUCCUGACUCAGCUCACGAUGGCCUCUAGGGGAGCAGGGGAGUCCUGGAGGGGAAGGAGCAUCCCGGCGUUCAGCCCCCCGGGACCCCCACGGAAGCCCCCAGCACUCUCCCGAGUGUCCAGGAUGUUUUCCGUGGCGCACCCGGCCCCCAAGGUCCCGCAGCCCGAGCGGCUGGACCUGGUGUAUGCUGCGCUCAAGCGGGGCCUGACGGCCUAUUUGGAAGUGCACCAGCAGGAGCAGGAGAAACUGCAGGGGCAGAUAAGGGAAUCCAAGAGGAAUUCCCGCCUGGGCUUCCUGUAUGACUUGGACAAGCAAGUCAAGUCCAUCGAACGCUUCCUGCGGCGGCUGGAGUUCCACGCCAGCAAGAUUGACGAGCUCUACGAGGCAUACUGUGUCCAGCGCCGUCUUCGAGAUGGCGCCUACAACAUGGUCCGUGCCUACACUACUGGGUCCCCAGGGAGUCGCGAGGCCAGGGACAGUCUGGCUGAGGCCACUCGGGGGCAUCGAGAGUACACUGAGAGUAUGUGUCUGCUGGAGAGUGAGCUGGAGGCACAGCUGGGCGAGUUUCACCUCCGAAUGAAAGGGCUGGCCGGCUUCGCCAGGCUGUGUGUGGGUGAUCAGUACGAGAUCUGCAUGAAGUAUGGGCGUCAGCGUUGGAAACUCAGGGGCCGCAUUGAAGGUAGCGGAAAGCAGGUGUGGGACGGCGAGGAGACAGUCUUUCUUCCUCUGCUCACGGAAUUCCUGUCCAUCAAGGUGACAGAGCUGAAGGGCCUGGCCAACCAUGUGGUUGUAGGCAGCGUCUCCUGCGAGACCAAAGACCUGUUUGCUGCCCUGCCCCAGGUUGUGGCUGUGGACAUCAAUGACCUUGGCACCAUCAAGCUCAGCCUGGAAGUCACGUGGAGUCCCUUCGAUAAGGAUGACCAGCCCUCAGCUGCUUCCACUGUCAACAAGGCCUCCACAGUCACCAAGCGCUUCUCCACCUAUAGCCAGAGCCCGCCAGACACACCCUCGCUUCGAGAGCAAGCCUUCUAUAAUAUGCUGAAGCGGCAGGAGGAGCUGGAGAACGGGACAGCAUGGUCCCUGUCAUCCGAAUCUUCAGACGACUCUUCCAGCCCACAGCUCUCAGGCACUGCUCGGCACUCCUUGGCCCCCAGACCCUUGGUGCAGCAGCCUGAACCCCUGCCCAUCCAAGUUGCCUUCCGUAGGCCUGAGACCCCCACCUCUGGGCCUGUGGAUGAGGAGGGAGCCAAGGCCCCAUCCCUGGCCAAUGGACAUGCCCCUUACAGCCGGACUCUGAGCCACAUCAGUGAGGCCAGUGUGGAUGCUGCCUUGGCUGAGGCUUCAGUGGAGGCCGUGGGCCUAGAAAGCCUAGCCCGGAGUCCUAACCCUCCUGCACACCCAGAUCCCACCCAUGGGAAACACACUAGUCCUGUUCCUCCUGCCCUAGACCCUGACCGUUCUGCCACAAGCCACACUCUCAGCACUACAGGCCCUGCCCACACAGCUGCAGACCCUGCCCCAUCUGCAUCCACAGGCUCAGUUCAGAAGGACACAGACUCUAGCCAUUCCGAACUGCCAGGCCCUACCUCCACUACAGAUGCCACCUCCACUACAGACGCCACCUCCACUACAGACGCCACCUCCACUACAGACGCCACCUCUACUACAGACGCCACCUAUGGUGCUAUGAGCCCUACCCACAGUGCUCUAAGCCUCGCUCACACUACCCUAGGUUCUGCCCACACACCCACAGUCUCUCUCCUCACUACUGCAGGUCCUACCCCCAGUGCCACAGGCCCAGCCCAGACUACCACAAGCCCCAGCCACAGUGUCAAAGACCCAGCACAUACUGUCACAAGCUCCGCUGACAAGCCCACACUCUUCAUCUUUACUACUACAGCCUCUGCCCCCAGUGCCACAGGCCCAGUCCAGACCCCCACAAGCCCCACCCACACUACAGUGAGCCCCACCCACACUACAGUGAGCCCCACCCACACUACAGUGAGCCCCAUCCACACCACUGCAAGUUCUCCUCACAAAGCCAAGGUGUCAGCUCACACCACUACAAGCCCUAUCCCCCUUGCUGAAAACUCGGUCCAGACCACCAGGAGCCCCACCCACCCGGUCACAAGCCCCUCUGUUGUAACUAUAAGCCCUUCCGCUUCAGCAGACCUUGCCACACACCCCAGCCGCUCUGUACACACAGACCUAGCCCUUCCAGGCACGCAGCCCCAGACCUGUGGUCACCCAGCCUCCCCUCCCUCCACUCAGGCCCACCCCAUAACCCCCAGCACCUCCUACCCAAGUCCUGCCUGUUCCAGUGGGGAAUCCCUCACAAACCCUUGCCCCGAAUCCCUGGAGCCCAUCCUUAACAGCCCAAGCCUCCCUCCCUCACCCCAAGACCCCGUGCCCCAGCAUUCAGACCUUAGCCUGGCCAAGGCUGCCCAGGCAAAGGUCCUGGGGGCAGCUGGAGGGACUGGGGACAGGAGGCUGGAGGAAGCACUGGGUGCCCUCAUGGCUGCCCUGGAUGACUAUCGAGGCCAGUUCCCCGAACUGCAGGGCCUGGAACAGGAGGUGACCCGGCUGGAGAGUCUGCUCAUGCAGAGACAAGGCCUGACUCGCAGCCGGGCCUCCAGCCUUAGCAUCACCGUGGAACAUGCCCUGGAGAGCUUCAGCUUUCUCCACGAGGAUGAAGAUGAAGACAAUGAUGGCCCCGGGGAAAGGCCCCCAAACAGUCCGGAGCCUGGGGCUGAAGAUAGCCUAGACUCACCUAGUGCCCGUCCCCUCAGCACAGAGUGUCCAGCCCUGGACACUGCCUUGGUCCAGCACCUGUACCACUGCAGCCGCCUCCUGCUGAAACUGGGCACAUUUGGGCCCCUGCGCUGCCAGGAGGCCUGGGCUCUGGAGCGGCUGCUGCAGGAGGCACGAGUGCUUGAGGCAGUUUGCGAGCUUAGCAGGCGAUGGGCAAUCCCUGCCACCUCUGCCCAGGAAGUGGUGCAGUUCUCAGCCUCUCGGCCCGGCUUCCUGACCUUCUGGGACCAGUGCACAGAGGGAUGCAGCCCCUUCAUCUGUCCUGUGGAGCGGGUGCUGCUCACCUUCUGCAGUCAGUACGGUGCCCGCCUCUCCCUGCGCCAGCCAGGCUUAGCCGAGGCUGUGUGUGUCAAAUUCCUGGAGGAUGCCCUGGGGCAGAAGCUGCCCAGGAGGCCCCAGCCCGGCCCUGGAGAGCAGCUCACCAUCUUCCAGUUCUGGAGUUAUGUUGAAGCCUUGGACAGCCCCUCCAUGGAGGCCUUUGUGACCGAGUCAGCAGAGAAGGUAUUACUGGUGCGGAAUCUGAACUCGGAUGACCAGGCUGUUGUGCUGAAGGCCCUGAGGUUGGCGCCUGAGGGGCGGCUUCGAAGGGAUGGGCUUCGGGCCCUCAGCUCCCUGCUUGUCCAUGGCAAUAACAAGGUCAUGGCUGCCGUCAGCACCCAACUCCGGAGUCUGUCAUUGGGCCCUGCUUUCAGGGAAAGGGCCCUGCUGUGCUUCCUGGACCAACUUGAGGAUGAGGAUGUGCAGAUAAGGGUGGCUGGCUGCCUGGCCCUGGGCUGCAUCAAGGCCCCUGAGGCUAUUGAGCCUCUGGUGUACCUGUGCCAAACAGACACCGAAGCUGUGAGGGAAGCUGCCCGGCAGAGCCUGCAGCAGUGUGGGGAAGAGGGACAGUCUGCCCACCGAAGGCUGGAGGAGUCUCUGGACGCCCUGCCCCGUAUCUUCGGGCCCGGCAGCAUGGCCAGCACGGCAUUCUAAACCCCCACCUGCCGCUCCCACUGCCCCUUCUCCCCACUUUCAGGGCUCAUCAGGCACUGGCAGGGAGGGUGAAGGCUGGCUCCAGACACCCCUCCCCCACAGAUUCCUAUCAAUGAAAGUCUAAUAUAUUCUUCCGUUGCCCCUGGGGUUGGUAGAGUCAGUGCCUGCAGUCAAGUGCCUCCCAGCCUCGGCUCAGCACACUUGCCACAAUCAGUGUCCCGGGCCUGGCCCUCCUGCCUCUGCCCUGCUCCAUCUUUUGGUUUUUUGUAUUUUAUUUAGAGUUUUACAGAAAAUAAAAAUGCAAAUUGCCUUUCCUAA